UUUCUCCAGAUCCCCACAUCGACUUUUUUUCUCUCUCCCUUCUCUAUUUGUUCUUACUCUCUAAUCUUCUACUGUGUAGCAUCCUCUGACCUCCUUUCUUAUCACACGAUCCCUACACUACACUACACUACGAUGGCAGAUGUCCGAUCCUUACUAAGAAGCGAGCUUGCCUCCCGCAAGGGUUCGUCGCCCCAGACAGGGAGAGCACCAAACCGCGUCACGAAGAAACGAAAGGUAGACUCUGGCGAAGACUUGACGCGCAAAAAGUUGAGGCAGACCAACGGAGACCAACUGCUGGCACAUGCCCAAACCGUACAGCCUCCAAGUGCCCAGGCGCUGGAGUCCGAGGAAAACGUCGAACAAUCAGAUCAAGAUGUCGCUGGUCCGGACCUACCGCCCGAGGAAGACCUCGUGGAAGACACGGAGGAAGUGGGUGCGCAGCCAUCUGAACCCACGGCCGUAACUUCGAAUCCACCUACGGAGCCCCCCAAGCAGGCCGUCGACGAGGAUGAAUGGGCCGCCUUCGAACGGGAUGUAGUGGCUCCGACUCGAGUACCACAGGCACCCGCUGCGCUUGCCGCAACUGCCACCAUCUCAGCAGCCCCUGUCACAGCCGAGCAGCUUGCUGCGCAACAAGAACAAGACAAGCAGACGGCCGCUCGAUCUCGCGAAGCCGAGGCCGAAGGGGAACGUGAAGACGCCGCACGAUUUAUGGAGGAUGAAUUUGAUGAAAUGGAUCAAUUAGAGGAACGAGUCAGGCGACUGAAACACAUGCGGGAGGAGCUGAGGAAAAAACGAUCCGUGGAAGGCGCGGAUGCUAGUCAAAUGGAUUUGUCUACUUCCGCUGGUGAGCUCCAGAAGGACCAAGCCAAGAAUGACAACAGCGAGGGUGAAGAAGAUGACGACGACGAGGAUGAAGAUGAUGACGACUGGGAUAAUUGGAGAUUUAGGUAAUUCAGAACCGGAAAAACGGAAAGGCGUCAACUUUUACAAAGGAGGUCUUGGACUGUUCAUGUUUACAUUGAUACCCCAUGAGCUAUAUGAAGUCACAAAAUUGUUGAUUAUCCCCCCCCCCCCCCCCCC